UAAACUAGCUCAUCGCUUGGCAUUGUUGGAUCAAAUUGAAACCCAUGGCCAAAACAUACUUGAACCAGUCAACAAGGGAGGCUCAGAGGCCCCUGAUUUGCUUCAAAGCCUCUUCCUUCUUUAGCUUCCACCUUAGGACUGCACAACAUAUUCCAUCACAAGAUCAAACCUCCACAACCUCUUAACACUGUUACUUGACAAGACACCAUUCUUUGAUCAAUAUUACAUCACUUGUAGAAAUUAACAAAAGAAGAAGAAGAAGAAGAAGAAGAAGAAGAAGAAACGGAGCAAGCAAGCAUUUCUUUCAAGUUUGGUUUGGUCUAGUGGCAGGCAUUGUACUCCCAACGACAUUCGUGUGCUUUAUAUUUAGCAUUUUUUCGAAUGUCUAUAGUCUCAUUUGCUUGUAGCCCGCGAUUAUUUUUCAUGGGAUUGUGAACAGUAAGAAUAAUAUUCUCUUUCCACAACAACAAUAACUUAUAUAGAAGAAGAAGGAGGAGGAGAAGGAGAAGAAAGGUUUUGUCAAGAUUAAUAAUGCCAGAAGACGAAACUGAUUUCUGGCAUGCUGUAUUGUUCGUCUUCUUAAUCUUGAUUACAGGUAAAGUGGUUGCUGGAGAUUCUCUGGAUACAGACAGGGAAGUCCUGCUAAAUCUCAAGACUUUUCUGGAACAGGAGAACCCAAUAAACCGAGGACAGUAUUCCCAAUGGGGCCUGCUGAAUACCAACCUUGACCCCUGCAACUGGUCUGGAAUCAUUUGCACAAAUGAUGGUUCUGGUUCAAGAGUUAGUGGCAUCAACCUUACUGGAAACAACAUAUCUGGAGAGUUGUAUAACAACUUCUCUUCGCUGACAGCUCUUUCUCACCUCGAUCUUUCUCAAAACUAUAUCAGGGGUUCGAUUCCAAAUGACUUGAGCACCUGUCAAAACUUGGCUUUUCUCAAUCUCUCACACAACAUGCUGGAGGGGGAGCUCAACUUGACUGGCUUGAAUAAUUUGCAAACUCUGGACAUGUCCGUGAAUAGGGUUUUCGGGGAAAUUCAGUCCACCUUUCCAGCAAUCUGUAACAAGUUAGUUGUGGUGAAUAUUUCAGGAAAUAACUUCACUGGUAGGAUUGAUAAUUGCUUUGAUGGGUGCUUCAAUUUGCAAUACCUUGAUUUGAGCUCGAAUUUUUUCAGUGGGGGAAUAUGGACUGGUUUCUCGAGGUUGAAGGAAUUUUCAGCGUCUGAGAAUUUUCUUACUGGAGAAGUUUUGGGGUCAAGUAUUUCUGAGAAUUGUAGCCUGGAAGUUUUCGACCUGUCAGAAAACAAUUUCACUGGUGACUUCCCAAAAGAGAUCUCAAAUUGUAGGAAUUUGAUCAAUUUGAAUGUGUGGGGAAACAAAUUCACCGGACAAAUUCCAUCUGAGAUAGGCACCAUUUCUGGUCUUGAAGCUUUGUUCUUGGGAAACAACAGUUUUUCUCAGGUGAUUCCAGAGUCUCUUUUGAACUUGAGCAGUUUGGCCUUUUUGGAUUUGAGCAGAAACAAUUUUGGAGGUGAUAUACAGGAGAUUUUUGGGAGAUUCACACAGGUUAAGUUUCUGGUAUUACAUGGAAAUUCGUAUACUGGUGGCUUAUAUUCUUCUGGGGUUCUCAAGCUACCCAAUGUUGUUCGAUUAGACUUGAGCUUUAACAAUUUCUCAGGUCCAUUACCUGUUGAAAUCUCUCAAAUGCCAAGCUUGAAAUACUUGAUCCUUGCUUAUAAUCGGUUCAAUGGCAGCAUACCUAAAGAAUAUGGGAAUUUGACAGGCCUCCAAGCUCUUGAUCUUUCCUUCAACAGCCUAACUGGGUCUAUACCAACUUCACUUGGAAACUUGACUUCACUCUUGUGGUUAAUGCUUGCAAACAAUUCUCUAACAGGUGAAAUUCCUCCAGAACUGGGAAACUGCAGUAGUUUGAUGUGGUUAAACCUUGCCAACAACAAGCUUUCUGGGAGUAUCCCAGCUGAACUGGUGAAUAUAGGCAGAGAUCCAACACCAACAUUCCAUUCAAACCUGCAGAAUGAACGCAUCAUAGCUGGCUCUGGAGAAUGUUUGGCAAUGAAGAGGUGGAUUCCAGCAGACUAUCCUCCAUUCAGUUUUGCCUAUACCAUCCUUACGCGGAAGAGUUGCAGAAGCAUAUGGGAUAGGAUGCUUAGAGGGACUGGCCUUUUCCCAGUGUUUGCUGCAGGCACUACAAUGCGAACACUUGAAAUCUCAGGUUAUCUUCAACUCAGUGGGAACAAGCUUUCUGGUAAGGUCCCUCGAGAUAUUGGUAAGAUGCAGAGCUUUAGUUUACUGCAUUUGGGUUACAAUGAGAUUAAUGGGACUCUCCCUCCGCAGAUUGGACAGUUACCGCUUGUAGUCCUAAAUCUCAGCAAGAAUGGGUUUUCAGGGGAAAUUCCAAAUGAAAUUGGUAAUAUCAAGGGCUUGCAGAAUCUUGAUUUGUCUUACAAUAAUUUCUCUGGCACCUUUACUAUUUUAAACAACUUGAGUGAGCUCAACAAGUUCAACAUCUCAUACAAUCCAUUGAUUUCUGGCGUGAUCCCAUCAACUGGGAAAUUGGCUACGUUUGAGAAAGAUUCUUACUUUGGUGAUCCACUCUUGGUGCUUCCUAAAUUUAUCAACAAUUCCUCGGAUUUUCCACCCAAAAAUAGGAAGAUUGACCGCAAUAAGGGAGACCAUAUAAGGUGGGCUGGAUUUUUGGCGCUCUUAAUAAUAACUCUAGCUUUCUUAGUGUGUGGAGUUCUGACAUUCAUAGUAUGGAAGUUAGGGAAAAGUCGGCCAGACUCGCGAGGACAUCUCUUGCAGGAAACUAGAUACUUGCAUGACUUGGCAUCAAGUUCAGGCAACUCAUCUCCAUGGUUGUCAGAUACUACUAAGGUCUUCCGUUUGCACAAAACAGCAUUUACUCAUGCUGACAUUUUGAAGGCAACAUGCAAUUUUUCAGAGUGCAGAAUCCUUGGGAAGGGAGGAUUUGGAACGGUGUAUGGAGGAGUAUUGCCAGAUGGAAGACAAGUUGCAGUUAAGAAGCUGCAAAGGGAAGGAAUUGAAGGCGAAAGAGAGUUUCGAGCUGAAAUGGACGUCCUAAGUGGAAAUGGCUUUGGCUGGCCACAUCCAAAUCUCGUAACACUUUACGGGUGGUGCCUUGAUGGUUCAGAGAAAAUAUUGGUUUAUGAAUACAUGGAAGGUGGAAGCUUGGAGGAUCUUGUGUCUGAUAGAAUGAGGCUAACGUGGAGGAGACGUAUUGAUAUAGCGAUAGAUAUAGCGCGAGCAUUAGUAUUCCUGCACCAUGAGUGCCAUCCUGCAAUUGUUCACCGAGAUGUUAAGGCUAGCAAUGUCUUACUAGAUAAAGAUGGUAAGGCACGAGUCACAGAUUUUGGCCUAGCAAGAUUUGUUGAUGCUGGAGAUAGCCAUGUGAGCACAAUGGUGGCUGGCACAGUUGGGUAUGUUGCACCAGAAUACGGGCAAACGUGGAAAGCUACAACGAAAGGCGAUGUAUACAGCUUUGGGGUAUUGGCAAUGGAACUGGCAACAGGAAGGCGAGCUGUGGAUGGUGGGGAAGAAUCUCUCGUAGAAUGGGCUAGAAGGGUAUUGGGAAGUGCACGAAAUAGAGUAGGUAGAGCAGUGAUACCAGUUAUGCUUUUGGGGUCUGGGUUAGCAGAUGGAGCAGUGGAGAUGUGUGAGUUACUGAAGAUUGGAAUAUGGUGCACAGCAGAGGCACCGCAGGCUAGACCAAACAUGAAAGAGGUGCUACCUAUGCUGAUAAAGAUUUCAGGGAGCAGGAGGGAUUUCGUUUAUGGCUCCUCUUUUCCUCCCUCAUUCUAAUUCAGUGUUCAGAUAGAAGUUGUUAAAUUAUUUCCACACGGGUACGUAUAUAUACUAGACAGAUUUUUAUUUAUCUGAUCGUUCUUCUUGU